AGUUUGGGAAAGUCAAUACGUUAUACCUCGAUGGGAUUGUAGCUCAGUCGUUCAUUGGAUUCUGGAGUCAUGAGUGGGUGUCCAUUUUGGGAGAACAAAUACCAAUUUAAUUUUAAUACACUGACCUUGGCUGAUGGGGAAGAAGACAAAUCACAAGAAGGACUGAAUAAAGCCAGCAAAGGCGGCCUUAUUUAUGGGGACUAUCUACAGCUGGACAAAAUAUUGAAUGCCCAGGUGCUUCAGAGUGAAAAGAAGGGAAACAAAAUCCAUGAUGAACAUCUCUUUAUUGUAACCCAUCAAGCUUAUGAACUAUGGUUCAAGCAGAUCUUGUGGGAAUUAGAUUCUGUUCGAGUGAUAUUUCAAAAUGGACAUGUUAGAGAUGAAAGGAACAUGCUUAAGGUUGUUGCACGAAUGAAUAGAAUUUCAAUGAUCCUCAAAUUACUAGUGGAACAAUUUUCUGUUCUGGAAACAAUGACAGCCCUGGACUUCUUUGAUUUCAGAGAUUAUUUGAGUCCAGCAUCAGGAUUUCAGAGCUUACAGUUUCGACUGCUGGAGAAUAAGAUUGGAGUCCCUCAGAGUCUGAGAGUCCCAUACAACAGAAGGCACUACCGGGACAACUUCAAGGGCAAAGAGAAUGAAUCAUUGCUUAAAUCCGAGCAGGAGCCAACUCUGUUGCAACUAGUGGAAGCAUGGCUGGAAAGAACACCAGGACUUGAGCCAGAAGGAUUUAAUUUCUGGGGGAAAUUUGAAAUGAAUGUGCUUAAGGGACUGGAAGAAGAAUUCACAAUGGUGCAGACCAAACAAAACUCAGAGGAAAAAGAAGAGCAACUGGCAGAACUUCAGAAACAAAAAGAAGUGCUUAUUUCAUUGUUUGAUGAAAAACGCCAUGAGCAUCUUCUUAGUAAAGGUGAAAGAAGGUUGUCCUAUAAAGCAAUGAAAGGAGCUUUAAUGAUCUACUUCUACAGAGAAGAACCUCGCUUUCAGGUUCCUUUCCAGCUUCUCACUUCUCUUAUGGAUAUCGACGUGCUGAUGACCAAAUGGAGAUAUAACCAUGUGUGUAUGGUGCACAGAAUGAUUGGCAGCAAGGCUGGGACUGGAGGAUCAUCAGGAUAUCAGUAUUUACGCUCAACUGUGAGUGACAGAUAUAAAGUGUUUGUUGACUUGUUCAACCUCUCUACAUUUUUGGUGCCGAGACACUGGAUCCCAAGGCUAGACCCAACUGUUCACAAAUUCCUCUACACAGCAGAAUACUGCGACAGUUCCUAUUUCAGCAGUGAUGAUUCUGAUUAGAGACCUUUCUUGGAUAAUCCUUGUAUAUAACUGAGCUGCAGUUGAAAGAAGCUUGGUCCUUUAAUGUUAUACCUUAUACAUUAUAUUAUGAAACAGUAUGUGUUUAUAUAUUUAUGUACAAUGUACUAUAGUCUUUAAAACACAACAAUCACAUUUCAGAUAUAUCGUAAGAAAUAAAAUUUGGAGUUGAGGAAAAAACUCAGGGUUCUUCAUUGAGGUGUCAUAUCACUAAAGGGCACUUAACCUAUUUAAACAAAAAGUCUGUAACUUUAAGAUUUGCUAGUUCUGUAAUUUUCAGUGUUAUUGGCAGACACAAUGAGCAAAGAUGCAUAUGUGGAGCAAGAGGGUAACCUAACAGUACUUCCCAACUAAUUGCACCAAUGCAACAGCCAAUUUUGACUCCAAAAUUGCUUCAAAAAUUGGCACUCCUGCACACUGAUGCAGUUAGUUAAGAAGUUCUGUACCAGUGCAUCCUUACUCUGUAUGUCAGCCACUUACUUUUGUAUUGUUUGGAGUUGUGAUAUUAUAUACAAACCUACCUUGUAGGACAGCUCUCGGGAUGACUGAACAGGUAUUUGACUUUGUUUAGGAUGACUCAACCAACAAUUUUCUAUCAACUGUGUAGUACGUAUACUGAAGAAGCAACUGUUCCUGGAUUUCCAUGUUAGCCUUCUCUAGGCAUAGUUGAGUCAAAAUGUCCAGUGGGAUAAAAAUGAAUGUUAACUCUUUCAGUGUAGAGGUAAAUCAGAAAGAGUUUCUUCAUCUAUCUUUAUUAUAAAAAUUAGUAUAACAUUAACAUGAAUAUAUAAAAAUAUUUUUACAGAAUUUUUAAUCAAACAUGAUAAUUAAGCUACCAGAGGUAUUGCAGUUUUAUGAAAUUUUCAAAAUGCUUUUCAUUUCUGUGUGAUGGGCCCACUUUCCCUACCUCAGGAGAGGGAACAGCAUGCCUGAUAGUAACACUAAUUAAUGUAAGAAUGUAAGAAUAGCCCUGCUGAACCAGGCCCAAGAGUCCAGAGUCGAGCAACCCUGGCAUCAGUGUUGGGAGAGCUCAGUAAUGGCAGAACAUUAGAGGGGACACAGUUGCUGAGGGAGUUUCUGAAGUCUGGUUCAUACUUUACACACCACUGCUAAUACACCGAUGUUCGCAACAGUAAACAUAAAAUGCAUGAAGCAGACAAGUGCAUUCAAAACUGUCAAACUACUCAUAAUUCCUAUUAUACUUGCAAUGUGUUACAACCUUUAAAUUUUUUUUAGCCCUCACAAUAGCCUUGUUAAGAUGGGUCAUUCUAAUUUAUCAUAUCCAGGGCUCAGGAAUUCCACUAGUCUACUUGUCUGUGACGCGUGAAAAAUGAUGCCUGAAAAAAAUCCCAAUGAGUAAUGUACCAACAUAGAUCGAGGAACCAUCUAACAAGUACAAUAUUUUGUCUGGCUGGUGAACUGAGCCAACAUUUCUUGAGCCCUGACCAUAUUACAGAUAGGGAACUAAGGCAGAGAGAGUGACCUGUCUAAGGUCAUACCACAAACACAUUAUGAACUCAGGUCUUCCAGAUCCAAGGCCGAGAUCUGGUAAUAUAAUUGACACUAACACUGGUAACACAAAAUUACUUCCUUUUGCAUAAUUGAUGGUCUAAUGUGAAUCAUGUGUCCACUGCAUGCUAUUUAGUUCCCAACAAAUAUGUGUCAUAGGCUGGAAAAGGAUGCUUCUCCAGGUUCUUAAGAUUUGCCAUGUCUUCAAGAAUUCAAUAUCCACAAGGGUCCAUUCUUUAAAAUAAACUGCCUUCAUAAUGAAUCAAGUAAGGAUCAAAAUACCAGGAACAACAGACCAGCCAUUUCACACAAACACAGCAGAAACCUCAUCAGCAAUACCUAAAAGGUUAAAAAAAAAAAGGGUUACUAUUUGAUUAUAUGUGAAAUAAACUUGGUGUCCAUUAUUAAGAAAAA